AUGAGUCUGGACCCCGUAAAAGGGCACGUGAGCGGAAGCGUGGUAGAAUCUCUCACGGAGAGCAGUUCGUCCAAGGCCGGCGGCAACUUGAUCCUUUACUCACUCUAUGACUGGCAAAAUAUCCCAACUAUCCAUUUGUCGGCCAUCGGUCUGCCCAUUCUUCCGUACAAAUUUGAGCACGGUAUACUAAUAGUCAAAAUGAUGACAAGGCCUCGUCCAGGACCACCUCCGUUUGACCACCCAGACGCGGACGUUAUUUUGCGAUCAUCCGACCUGGAGCCUGUGGACUUCCGAGUCUUCAAGUUGCUGCUUUCCCUUUCUUCCCCAUUCUUCUCAGAUAUUUUCACGCUUCCCCAGCCAAUACCAUCGAACCCAUCAUCUUUCUACUCUGAUGAGUACCAGGAAAGCAGUAAAGGGUUACCCGUUAUACAGAUGUCCGAAGAUAAGGAGACAUUGACACUCCUACUUGGGCUCUGCUUCCCCAUCAGCGCCCACGAAACACCUAGGAUUUCCUCUUUACAGGAGAUACAGAAGGUCGCAGAAGCGGCAGUGAAAUUUGAGAUGGACGGCAUUGUGAGGUAUCUCCAGCGCGAGCUGGUUGCGCCCCGGUUCAUCGAGUCGCAGCCGGUUCGUGUGUUUGCGAUCGCGUACCGUUACGGGUGGGACGCGGAGGCGAAGAAGGCGGCGAGGCAUACGCUCCGGCAACCCGUCGAUACGCCGUUCGUCGCUGAGCUCGAGCUGAUCUCGGGCGCGACGUUGUUCCGACUCAGAGAGUACCACCGCGUCUGUGGCGAAGUAGCUAGCUCGCGCGCGCGGCUGCAGCCUGCUCUCUCCGAAUUUGACGAUGCCUGGACAUGGAUAUCGUGUAAGAUGUGUCCUUCUGCGUGGAAGAGCCGGAGUGUCAACUUCCCGGAGGCAAGGAAGUGGUGGGUGGAUUGGAUCGAGGACGUUGCUGAAGCUCUAAAGCUCAAACCUUGGGGAGAGACGGUGCGGAAUUGGGACCUCCGCAACAAGGCUCUCGAUCAUGCAGCAGGCUGUCCGCAAUGCAAUUUACACGCCCGGGAGGACCUUGAGGCCUUUUCGCAAAUCCUUGCUGUCGAGAUCGAAAGAGACAUAUCAUCGGUUAGUUGA